UGCAUCCGCUCUUCCCGCCAGCACCGUGCAGAACGCAUGGAGUCUACGGUGGAGCCGGCGUCCGGGCCCGGCAGCUCAGAGACUUCCGAGCGCCGCGGGCUGCGCAGCUUGCAGCUGUCCAACGUCCGAGAGGAGCUGCGGGCGCUGCUGGUCCUGGCGGGGCCCGCGUUCUUGGCCCAGCUGAUGAUGUUCCUGAUCAGUUUCAUAAGUUCAGUGUUCUGCGGGCACCUGGGCAAGCUAGAGCUGGAUGCAGUCACUCUGGCAAUUGCAAUCAUCAAUGUCACUGGCAUUUCAGUGGGACAUGGCUUAUCUUCUGCUUGUGACACUCUCAUCUCUCAGACAUAUGGCAGCCAGAACUUGAAGCACGUGGGGGUCAUCCUGCAGAAGGGCGUGCUCAUCCUUCUCCUCUGCUGCUUCCCCUGCUGGGCGCUCUUUGUCAAUACCCAGCACAUCCUGCUGCUCUUCAGGCAGGACCCGUCUGUGUCCAAGCUCACGCAGACCUAUGUCAUGAUCUUCAUUCCAGCACUUCCUGCAUCCUUCCUUUAUACAUUACAAGUUAAAUACUUGCUCAACCAGGGAAUCGUUCUGCCCCAGAUCGUGACUGGAUUUGCAGCCAACCUUGUCAAUGCCCUGGCCAACUAUCUGUUCCUUUAUCAGCUGAAUCUGGGGGUGAUGGGUUCUGCACUGGCCAAUACAAUCGCUCAGUUUACUCUGGCUCUCCUCCUCUUUCUCUACAUCCUCGGGAGAAAACUACAUCAAGCUACUUGGGGAGGGUGGUCCAUUGAGUGCCUGCAGGACUGGGCCUCCUUCCUGCACCUGGCCAUCCCCAGCAUGUUGAUGCUCUGUAUUGAGUGGUGGGCCUAUGAGAUCGGCAGCUUCCUGAGUGGGAUUCUGGGCAUGGUAGAGCUGGGAGCCCAGUCCAUUGUGUAUGAACUGGCUGUCAUCAUGUACAUGAUCCCUAUUGGCAUCAGCGUAGCUGCCAGCGUCCGGGUAGGAAAUGCACUGGGUGCCGGAAACAUAGAGCAAGCGAAGAAGUCCUCAGUGCUUGCUCUGCUGGUCACAGUGCUUUUUGCUGUAGCCUUUUGUGUCCUGAUGUUAAGCUGUAAGGACUUUGUGGGCUACAUUUUCACUACUGACCGAGACAUCGUGGCUCUGGUGGCUCAGGUGGUCCCCAUAUAUGCAGUGUCCCACCUCUUUGAAGGUCUUGCUUGUACGAGUGGUGGCAUUCUGAGGGGCACUGGAAACCAGAAGGUUGGAGCCAUCGUUAAUGCCAUAGGGUAUUAUGUGAUUGGCCUCCCUAUCGGGAUUGCGCUGAUGUUUGCCACCAAGCUUGGAGUGCUCGGUCUGUGGUUGGGGAUCAUCAUCUGCACUGUUUUGCAGGCUGUGUGUUUUCUAGCCUUCAUUUCUCACCUCAAUUGGAAACAGGCUUGCCAACAGGCUCAGGUACAUGCCAAUUUGAAGGUAAAUGUGGCUCUGAAUGGGAAUUCUGCUGUCUCUCAUGAUCCAGUUCAUUCAGAGGGUACUGAAAACCAUGAAGAAAUUGUAAUGAGAGAUAUUGAAAAAAGGGACGAGGCUCAAUUGAACCCACGGAUGCACCAACAGCAACCUUUGCCUGAGCAUCCAGCAGACAGCAAUACAUUGUCUGGAAAACAGUUGGUGUUCCGUCGAGGGCUUGUGCUCUUGGGGGUUGUUUUAGUCUUGGUGGCAGGGAUUUUAGUAAGAGUAUAUGUAAGAAUCCAGUGAUAUGGCAGGAGAAAGAGAAUCAGGUCACAUGACACAGGUGCUUCCAGACUUAGGAUGUAAUUACUUUUGGACAAGCCCAUUGUAACUUGAAAAUAAGUCAGGACUAGGGGUGCAGCUCAAUGGUAGAGCUUAGCAUGCGCUAGGUUUAAUUCCUAGCAUGAACACACACACACACACAUACAUACACACACACACACACACACACACACACACACACACACGAGAAAUAGAAAAGAAGAAAGAAAAGAAGGAAGAAAGGAGGAAAAAGGAAAGAGAAACCUUAAGUCCAUAAUGCUUUUAACAUAUACAUCUAUCUACAAAACAUCAAAGUUUGUAACAACACACUGUAGAACAUUGCUUACUUUCAUGACUUGCAGGGCUGACAGAAAGCUGCCACUUACUGUGGCUGUCUUUUCUUUCAAGAGAGGAUGGUAUUACAUAGCACUGGUUUGGGGAAAAGCUCUAAAUUCAGAUUUCAAAGUAGCUUCUACUGAAUUCAGUGUAAAGUUGAACUGAUGGAAAUUGGCGCCUCCUUAAGGCACAGGCCCAGAAGUGGCAGUUUUAAGGUAUGUACAUAAUUUAGCUGUGCCUAUAGGUUUUUAGAAUUGAGAAUUCAAAGGCAUACACACAUACACACACACACAGACACACACACACACACACACACACACACACACACUACCACUUGAGCCACACCUCCACUUCUGG